GUACCCUAUCCCUUCGGCUUCCUCGAAGUCACGGUGCCACACUGCUUCCUCUUCCCCUUUCCUGCUCUGUUCGCCAGCUGCCCAGCGCCCUUCUGCUGGGACUGGAAGUGGAAGCCUUCAGCUCCUUUGCCUCGACCCGCCUUCUUCUGAGCUCCUCCCAAGACCCAAGCCCAGAACGCGCACCAAAUGCUUGCGACAUUGUCACAAUGGCCACGACGUCGUACCUAGCCUCCUACUCCCGCGCUUCGCCAGCACCGGCAGCGGCGGCUGCGUGCCCGUGCAAUGGCCAUGCCCGGCCACCCGCGCUGCGGCCUCAGCCUCGGCGGCGUGGGCACCGUCCCGCGCCCCUCCGGGUGUACGCCAUCUCCGACCAAGACCGGCUCCUCGCCGCCCUGCGCGAGCAGUCUGACCCCGAGGCGGCGCUCCGGAUGCUGAACUCGGCGCUCGCGCGGGAGGACUUCGCGCCCAGCUCCGCCGUGUACGAGGAGAUCGUCCAGAAGCUCGGCACCGCCGGCGCGUUCGACCUGAUGGAGGGCCUUGUCCGGGAGAUGCGGCGGGAAGGGCACCAGGUCAGGGCUGUCGUGGUGCGGUCUUUCGUCGAGAGCUACGCGCGGCUGCGGCGGUUCGACGACGCCGUCGACCUUGUUCUGAACCAGCUCGACAAUGACACCUUUGGGGUUCAGGCGGACACGGUGGUGUUCAACCACCUCCUCAAUGUCCUUGUGGAGGGGAGCAAGUUGAAGCUUCUGGAGUCGGUCUACAAUGAGAUGACUGGUCGGGGGAUUCAGCCUGAUGUUGUGACACUCAACACGCUGAUCAAGGCGCUGUGCCGGGCACAUCAGGUCAGGACCGCGGUCUUGAUGCUGGAAGAGAUGUCGAGCCAUGGUGUGGCGCCUGAUGAGACCACAUUCACCACGCUGAUGCAAGGCUUUAUUGAGGAGGGAAGCAUUGAAGCGGCUCUGAGGGUGAAGGCGAAGAUGAUGGAAGCUGGAUGCUCACCGACAGGGGUGACUGUUAAUGUUCUGAUUAAUGGCUACUGCAAGAUGGGGAGAGUGGAGGAUGCACUUGGCUACAUACAGCAAGAGAUUGCUGAUGGAUUUGAGCCUGAUCAGGUCACAUAUAACACUUUUGUUCACGGGUUGUGCCAGAACGGGCAUGUCAGCCAUGCCUUGAAAGUCAUGGAUCUGAUGCUUCAGGAGGGCCAUGAUCCUGAUGUUUUCACCUACAAUACUGUCAUCAACUGCCUCAGUAAAAAUGGAGAGCUUGAUGAGGCUAAAGGAAUUGUAAAUCAGAUGGUGGAUAGGGGUUGUUUGCCUGACACCACCACAUUCAACACUCUCAUUGUUGCUCUGUCCUCACAGAAUCGUCUUGAGGAAGCAUUGGACCUUGCGCGUGAGCUAACUGUGAAGGGGCUUUCUCCGGAUGUCUAUACUUUCAAUAUUUUGAUCAAUGCCCUUUGCAAGGUAGGAGAUCCUCAUCUUGGCAUUCGGUUGUUUGAGGAGAUGAAGAGCAGCGGAUGCACCCCUGAUGAAGUUACAUACAACAUUUUGAUUGAUCAUCUUUGCUCAAUGGGGAAGCUUGGAAAUGCUUUGGAUUUGUUGAAUGAGAUGGAAUCCAAUGGUUGCCCUCGGAGUACAGUGACAUAUAACACAAUAAUUGAUGCGCUAUGCAAGAAAAUGAGAAUAGAAGAAGCUGAGGAGGUUUUUGAUCAAAUGGAUGCACAGGGUAUUUCAAGGAGUGCUGUCACAUUUAAUACGCUUAUUGAUGGCUUGUGCAAGGCCAAGAGGAUUGAUGACGCAACAGAACUCAUUGAACAGAUGGUGAAGGAAGGAUUGCAACCUAAUAAUAUCACUUAUAAUUCUAUUCUAACACAUUAUUGCAAGCAGGGGAACAUCAAGAAAGCAGCUGAUAUUUUAGAAACUAUGACAGCAAAUGGAUUUGAAAUUGAUGUUGUCACAUAUGGAACACUCAUUAACGGUCUAUGCAAGGCUGGUAGGACUCAGGUUGCUUUGAAGCUUUUAAGAGGCAUGCGAAUUAAAGGGAUUAGGCCUACUCCAAAAGCUUACAACCCUGUGAUACAGUCUUUGUUUAGACGGAAUAAUUUAAGAGAUGCCCUUAAUCUUUUCAGGGAGAUGACUGAGGUGGGUGAGCCUCCUGAUGCCCUCACAUAUAAGAUUGUUUUCCGUAGUCUCUGUCGUGGUGGAGGGCCUAUCAAAGAAGCUUUUGAUUUCUUGGUGGAGAUGGUGAAUAAGGGUUUCAUGCCUGAGUUUUCAUCCUUCCGUAUGCUAGCUGAAGGUCUAUUGAAUCUGGGCAUGGAUGAUUAUCUUAUUAGUGCUAUUGAACUAAUUAUAGAAAAGGCCAAAUUCAGAGAAUCUGAUGCUUCUGCGAUAAGAGGAUAUCUCAAGAUCCGCAAAUAUUAUGAUGCAUUAGCAACUUUUGGCCGUCUCCUAGAGAUAAACAACCCUCAGUGGACAUAUCGUUGAUGCCUGAGAAUGUAUCAUGUAAAUGACGGAGUAGAUGAAAAAUUUUGUGGUUGCUAGAUUGGCUUAAACUUUUGCAGCAGUGGUGUAAUAGAUGUCUAUCUCAUCGCUUUGUAGUACUGAUGUCAGCAGAGUAUGGGAUGCUCUCUUGCUUCUGGAGAGCUCCUUACCUUCAUGUCCACCGUGAAUCCUCUUUUGAGGCUCCUGUAUUUCUUGGGUAGCUAGCUAAUGAUCACAAUAUUCUUGCUGCUCUUUCAAAUGAUGCUACAUUUAUCAUUACUUUUCUUUUAAUAAUUAGGGAUUCUUUUCA